GUCAAGAGUGGCGGCGACUGGGUGGCUACUGAUGCCCUUGUCUUCGCUCUGUGUCACAAUUCAGCGUUCAGACGGCGUGGCGGUGCCCAGGGGACGGCGUGGCGAACCCUUAGUGAUCCCAGGACCCGGGCGAGGCAGGGUGAUUAGCCACACACCAGGAGAUGAGGCGGAGGGCACUCACGCCUCUCUGUCUGGCUGCAGGAGUGCCCGGAGAUAUACCUCUUAGCACCCUGGUCACAUGCCCUGCGCACACACACACACACACACACACACACACACACACACACACACACACACACACACACACACACACGGCAGACGGUAAGGCAUCAGGUGUCGGUGUGAAAAGGAACCUGCAGUAGUGAGUGAAGGUUGGGUCUGCGCCUGACCGCCACACGGAGACCUACAGGUGGAGGAGGAGGAGGAGGACGCAAGGCAGCAGCUGGGUGUGGAGUGACUUGUGAAGGCCUUGCUGGACGCAGCCCCGCCUCGCAAACAGUACUGAGGCAUGGCUGGCCGAGUGAUAGGCAGUUGUAAGUGGGCGUGGCGGUGCUGGUGGGUACUGACGGCGGUUGUGGUGACUUUGGGCGUGUGCCAGGCGUCCGUGGGCGUGUGGAUGGACGAUGGCAACGGUAGAACAAUCCUGGCUGACGAGCUGGAUUCCCAAGAGGCGGCAGAGCUGGCAAAAGAUAUUCUGGAUGUCCUAGACCUGCCCGCGCCACCCAACUCCCGAGGGCGCCACCACCACCGCCCGCGACGCGUCCACGCCCACGGCUCAGCCCCGAGGUGGCUGAAGGGCAUCUACGAGGUCCUUGACGAGCACGGCCACGCCACCUCGGACCAGAUGGACGCCACGCACAGGGAGACUGUAACGGCGGCGGACACCAUCAUCACCUUCGUCAGUAGAGACCCACCGAGCGGCAAGCCCCAGCACGGCGCCAACAGGAGGCUCUACUUCGAUGUGUCAGACGUGCCCCUCGACCACUCGCUCCUAGGGGCUGAGAUACGCGUGCACCGCCUCACAGACCACCCCCAGCCAGUGCGUCUCCACGUGUACCUCAUUACGGACGAGGAAGGGAGUGAAUCUGAGGUGCAGCGCGUGGUGUUGCGGGAGUCAGGCUGGACCAGUGUCAACAUUACCACCUCCGUGCUGUCUUGGCUCAUCUUCCCGCACACUAACUUCGGUCUCCGCCUCGCCGUAACCUCCCUCGAGAAAAAGCACGAGCGGCGAUUCCACGAGGUCGGGUUGUCCGGCGCCCAUGACCAGGAGGACUUAAGACCCUUCAUGGUGGGCUACUUUGGCCUGCCGGAGUCUGCGUCUAAGAAGCAGACUCGAACCAAGCGAGAUAUCAGUCGCCCGCGCCGCAGCCGUCCACGAAGCUACAGAGAAAUCACAGACCGGAACAUCGACUCGGAUACCUGGUGUCGCCUGAAGCAUCUGCACGUCUCCUUCCGCGAUCUCGGGUGGGAGAGCUGGGUCAUCGCUCCUGAAGGGUACGACGCCAACUACUGCGAGGGGCACUGCGUCUUCCCUCUGCACGCCAAGAUGAACGCCUCCAACCACGCCCUAGUGCAGACAUUAGUGAAGCUUGUCGAUGGUGUUCCUGACGAUAGCGAGCCACCUCCCCAUGCCUGCUGCGCCCCUAUUGACUUGGCCACCAUCCCUAUCCUCUACUACUUCCACGAACAUAAUAUUGUCCUGAAGAAGUACCCGAUGAUGAUUGUCAAGUCGUGCGGCUGUCACUGAGAGUAGCAGUGUUCCAGGUGAUGUAGUGAUGUACUGCAGUAGAUUUGUACAGUACGUAGUGGUUUUGUAAUUAUGACUUGCGUUUGUGGUUCUAUUAAUGUUUAGCUUUAGAAUUGUUGUAGUGGUGUACGGUAGCGUGUGGUUGAAGAGAUUCAUUGUUGUGGAUGAGAGAGAGAGAGAGAGAGAGAGAGAGAGAGAGAGAGAGAGAGAGAGAGAGAGUUUUAAUAGUUAUGAAGCUAAUACUACGCCACUUACUUCCUACUGUUUACACUUUUUUUUUUUUGUAUAGUCUGCUUCUUUCUCCUUCAGCGAGAUAUAACUUAACAGAACAAUGCUCAGUCUAUAUUAUUUUUUUAACGGGAUGACUAAACACUGAUAAUACUCAGCUUCUCCUUCUCUAGCUGUAAUGUAUAUACGUAACUAUUUUCAAGCCUUCACGUUACCUAUGAUACCCAAGCUGUUAUUCCCUUUCACUGCUAUUUGGCACUUAUUUCAUACGAACAUAAGGAAAUGAGGGAAGCUGUAGAAAGCCAUCAGACGCGGCGUUGUCAUUUCCUUCACCUUCUACCGUUCUGAUAUGUCUUUCCUUAUUCUACUCCCUUCUGCAAAUAACAUACGGUUUAGAAAUUGUAGAAUCUAUUCCCUUUAAUAUACGUGUUCCUUGUAGAGGCACACACACACAUUUGACACGUUCCUUCCAGUGCUGUGUAGGCAGUGAAAGGGUAACGCAGUAUCAAGAAUAUCACCGCACAUGCCACUACGCAUAUUUCUGUAUGGUCCAAUAUAGAAGCCUUAUAGCUUACUGUAUAUCCUGGGAAAAUAAAAACAUAUACACAAAUCA